UGAAGUCAGUGUGUGUUGUGUCUGUGUGUGUGUGUGUGUGUGGUGUUAGUCUGCAAGAAAUGCUUUAUUUGAUCGGUUUGGGACUGGGAGAUGCGGAAGAUGUUACUGUGAAAGGGUUGAAAAUCAUCAAGAGAGCUAGUCGAGUUUAUCUCGAGGCGUAUACAUCGAUUCUGACAGUGGGAAAAGAAGCUCUGGAAGAGUUUUAUGGUCGAGAACUUAUACUAGCAGACAGAGACAUGGUUGAACAACAAUCAGAUAUUAUUUUGAAGCAUGCCGAUACUGAAGACGUUGCAUUUCUAGUUGUGGGAGAUCCAUUUGGAGCCACUACACACUCCGAUCUCAUCAUUAGAGCUCUGAGUUGCAGUAUUCCCUAUCAGGUUGUUCACAAUGCAUCAAUCAUGAAUGCUAUCGGCUGCUGUGGCUUGCAGUUGUACAACUUUGGAGAGACGGUGUCUUUUGUUUUUUGGACUGACGAUUGGCAGCCUGACAGCUACGUGGACAAGAUUGAGGCAAACCUGAGAAAUAAUCACCACACACUUUGUUUGCUAGACAUCAAAGUGAAGGAGCAAAGCAUUGAGAAUAUGAUGAAAGGACGAAAAGUCUACGAGCCUCCCAGAUACAUGACCGUCAGCCAAGCAGCAGAACAAUUGCUGACUGUUUUGCAUCAACGUCAAAAUAAAGGGCAAUCCCAAGAUGUUUCAGCCUUGACGGAAGAAUCUAUAUGCGUGGGUGUGGCAAGACUGGGCUCAACAUCUCAAAAGAUUAUGGCAGCAUCACUAAAGCAGAUGGCCUCUAUAGAUAUGGGAGCUCCACUGCAUUCUCUAAUCAUCCCUGGUGACCUACACUUUCUUGAGUGUGAAAUGUUGAAGUACUAUGCUUUUGAUGAUAUAAUCGCCAAGCGGUUAUCAGACAAUCGCCUAAAGACGAAGGUCUAAUUUAUUAGUUUGGUUCUUAUCGAUCUCUGCUCUCGUCUGUAAAAUGACUUUUACAAAGUUA